AUGUCCGAUGAAAAGAUGUAUAUUUCGUACAAUAAUGUACACCAAUUGUGUCAGGAAUCAGCUGACAAGAUCAAACAAUUUAAACCCGAUUUGAUCAUUGCAAUUGGUGGAGGUGGGUUUAUCCCAGCGAGAAUGUUGCGUUCAUUUUUGAAAGAACCAGGCCAACCAAAUGUUAGAAUCAUGGCCAUCAUUUUGUCCUUGUAUGAAGAGAUUGAAAACUCUGAUGGAGUGCAAGAAAAGCCAGGUACUAGAGUCAGCAGAACUCAAUGGAUUGAUUAUGCUCAGUCCAAAAUCGACUUGGUUGGGAAGAACAUCUUGAUCAUUGAUGAGGUUGAUGACACAAGAACUACAUUACAUUAUGCCGUCUCAGAGUUGAAGAAGGAUGUCGAGGAACAAGCCAAAGCUUCCAACGCUGAUCCCAAGAGCACUAAGUUUGGUAUCUUUGUUUUGCACGAUAAAGAUAAGAAAAAGAAAGCGGAUUUACCAGACGAAAUAAUGAAGACCGGCAACUACUUUGCUGCAAGAACUGUGCCUGAUGCCUGGAUUGCUUACCCGUGGGAAUCAACGGACAUUGUGUACCAUCAAAAGAAGGCCGAAGAACAAGGUAAUGAUGUGUUCCUUCCUUCUACUACAAAAGAAUAG